ACCCCCCCCCCCCCCCCCCACUGUGCUGCUUCAGGUGCUAGUUGUGCAGCCAAGAUCUGUUGCCCCGUUGGUGUCAGUGGGGGAGGAGGAAUAGUGCCCCAUCGUUGGUGUCAGUGGGGGGGGGGGAAUAGUGCCCCAUCGUUGGUGUCAGUGGGGGGGAGGAAUAGUGCCCCAUCGUUGGUGUCAGUGGGGGGGGGAGGAAUAGUGCCCCAUCGUUGGUGUCAGUGGGGGGGAGGAAUAGUGCCCCAUCGUUGGUGUCAGUGGGGGGGGGAGGAAUAGUGCCCCAUCGUUGGUGUCAGUGGGGGGAGGAAUAG